AUGUGCGGGAUAUUCGGUGUUCACGGACUCGAGCAACCUACGCCAGGAUUGCGGACAAAGGCGAUUGCACUCAGCAAGCGGCUGAGGCACCGCGUCCCGACUGGUCGGGUUGUUACGUUGGAAAGGAGUGCAUCCGCACGAGAGAGACUUGCGAUCUGCCGACGAAAGCAAAUCCUCUGCGUCAACGGCGAAAUCUACAACUAUCAAGCUCUCAAGAAGACCGUCCCAGCAAAUGCAAUUUUCAAGACGCACUCGGACUGCGAAGUUAUUCUCCAUCUCGCAUGCCCUCUCCUUUCGGCAGUCAUCUCCGAACUAACCGCCUCUGUUUUCUCGCCCGGUGGCCCGACUUAUAUUCACAUUCUGAUACAUAAAUCAAUCGUCACACAGUACAAGCAACAUGACCCGAGCACGCUAUGCAACCUCCUCGACGGCAUGUUCUCCUUUAUCCUCCUAGACGAGUCCGUCUCGCCGACUCGCGUUCUUGUCGCGAUCCGAUUGGAAUCACGACGCUCUAUCGUGGAACUUCAAGUAAUACGCCUGGUCUCACCUAUUUCGCGUCCGAGCUCAAGGCCCUCACCGACGAUUGCGAUUUCAUCGAGGCGUUCCCACCAGGUCACUUUUUCGACUCUAACACGGGCAAACUUGAACGCUACUACAAGCCCAAGUGGUGGGACCCGGAAGUCAUCCUGCCUGACCGCUCAUGCCGAUCUCACUCUCUUGCGCACAACCCUCGAAGCGGCUGUCAAGAAGCGCUUGAUGAGUGAGGUACCCUAUGGUGUCCUGUUGAGCGGUGGACUGGAUAGCAGCUUGAUUGCCGCUAUCGCUGCCCGAGAAACGGAACGCGUCGCACAAAUUCAGCAAGAGGAACGUCGCAGGCGAUUGCUCUCCAGCGGUACGACGUCUCCUGUCAUUAUGACCAAUGGAGGAUCUGGAUCUGCCGGUGUGGUUGGCGAAAACGGUACAGUUUUCCUCGACGACACUACCCCAGUCGCAUGGCCGCAACUCCAUUCGUUCUCGAUUGGGCUUCCACAUUCCCCUGAUCUACUCGCCGCACGCAAAGUCGCCGCAUAUCUUGGGACUCAGCACCAUGAAUUCACCUUUACAGUCCAAGAGGGACUCGACGCUAUUCCCGAGGUCAUCUAUCACCUGGAGACAUACGACGUCACGACUGUUCGCGCUAGUACACCCAUGUAUCUUCUCAGUCGCAAGAUCAAGGCCAUGGGGGUCAAGAUGGUCCUUAGCGGAGAGGGAAGCGACGAAAUCUUUGGAGGAUACCUUUACUUCCAUGCCGCACCAUCUGCUGAAGAGUUUCACAAGGAGACGGUCAAACGAGUGCAAAACUUGCACACGUCGGAUUGCCUUCGCGCCAACAAGUCGACGAUGGCAUGGGGUUUAGAGGCUCGCGUGCCCUUCUUGGAUAAGGCAUUCUUGGACGUCGCGAUGACAAUCAACCCAGAAGAGAAGAUGUUUGGCAAGGGUACGAAGCAAAAGGUCGACAGUGAUGGAUGCCCUAUCAUGGAAAAGUACAUCAUUCGAAAGGCCUUCGACUGUGCUCCCGACGGCAAGGCAUACCUUCCCAAGUCGAUUCUCUGGCGUCAAAAGGAGCAGUUUUCCGACGGUGUAGGCUACUCUUGGAUCGACGGUAUCAAAGACCACGCUGCUGCCACCGUCUCCGAUGAGGCUUUGGCGGGUGCCAAGGAACGAUACCCAGAAGAUACCCCCGAGACCAAAGAAGCAUAUCUCAUCCGUGAAAUCUUUGAGAGUCACUUCCCUACCAAGGCCGCUGCGGCAACGGCUGUGCGCUGGAUUCCCCGUAUGGACUGGGGAUGCUCAUCAGACCCGAGUGGUCGUAGCGUUUCCAUUCAUAACGCGGCCUAUGAACAACAACAGGACGAAUGA